AUGCCGUCACAUAAUCGAGCGAAGAGUCGAGGCUCGUUGUCGAUGCUGUCGUUCGAUGGCAUUCGCCCAUUCAAGAGGACAAGUUCGAGGCAGGCAAUCUCGACACAAGCAGAUCACGACUUCGGUCGAUCACCGUCCAGCCUCUCUUACUGUGAUCCGUACGAUCAACCGCCAGCCGCACCGGCGGUAGCUGAGAUGGCCACCCAAGAUGACGUUCGCAACGACGAGAACAUCGCCCCAGGUCAAGCCCCUCGGAAGAGAAGACCGCUGUCAUGGCUCUCCUUUGGCCGCAACGGAGGCUCCUCGGGUCGUAGCUUCUCCCAAAGAGUCCAGAUCCUCAGAAACCCGAGCUCGACAUCGCUGGCGAGAAGUACCAUAUCUGCUCCGGUCCUUACGAGCACCACCAACGUCAAAGUAGCUGAGUCUGAGGGCGUCCACUGUGGCGAAUUGACUCCAGAAAUGUUCAACAAGUCGACUUGGGACGGCAAGAUUGGCUGGGUGCCGCAGGAAGACGAGGCAUCUGCUGAGUCUGCCGAAACAGUCGUGGAUGGGGCACGCACCGAGUCCAACGUACCGCGACGGCGUGAUGAUGCACCCUCUCGCCUCGGCCGAGCAAUCAAGGACCGCUUCCGCAAUCCAAGCCGAGCUAGUCGCCGGUCAUUCUCACUGCUACGAGACGAGGGCAGCAUGGACAGCGAUGGGCGGGCAGAAAAGCUCUCACAUUACAGAGCAGAGACAAUGAAUUACUGCAAGGACAAACUGCGAAGCAUCACUGCAUCUCAUUCCAGCAUAACCACCUCAAGUGCGCCUGGCGCCAGGCAACUAGAGGCCUCACCUGAACGUCCACUUCUAAAAGCAGGAAACGUUCUGUCACCCCAGCGAUGGGAUACAACUUCUGAACAGGAUGAAAGAAGUCCAACCUCUCCUCAACUGCCAACAAACACUGCACAUUCACCUUCUCAAUUCGAUUCUUUGACCAGAUCUUUGAACAAUAUCUUGGAUAAGGAAUUGACCGACGAGAACAACGAAAUGGAGUACCUCAAGAAGAAAGCGUCCAAGUACGGCCUUCGCGCUGACUAUCAAGCCGCUCCGCCAGUGCCCGAAGUUCCUGACCUUCCACCGAGACUCAUUCCUCGCGAUCCGGUUGCCUUGUCACCUGCCAGACAGCACGAUCACGUCAAGUUGCCGACCAGCGCCUUCAUCGAAUCGACCCCAACUCGCCUUGUCUCACCUACCACUAGUCGCCGCCUGCAGAAGAAGGACUUCAACGCCAUUUCGCCCAAGAACGAGAACGAGCCAGUCACUCAUAUUGACGACGGCAUCGCCAAAUUGCGUACUCUAAAGCGCUCCCCAGCCAAAUCCGACGAUGUCAUUGCUGCAGCAGCUCGCAUGAAUCGCAUUAACCCGCUCGGCAUGCAUUCUAACGUCAUGGGUAUGGCUCAAGCUCCGCCUGGCGUCACCUUGCCCAAGCCAGGUCUGCCAUAUCCGAAGCAGCUCGAAUCCAACGACGAGUACCCGAAGACUGCAAAGGAAGACAAGAAGCUCGACUUCGGAACGGUCUUGUCAGGUCAAGAUGGUGGACACAAGAUGGGAAAGUCAGGCAAGGGUGAGAUGGAUUCGAGAAUGCCUACGAAAGUCGCGUCGGUUUCCGGUUCCAAUGGGGAGGCCUCUGAGCACAAGAUCCCGCGCAAAGCGGUCGGUUCUGGCAUGAAGAAGAGCAUCAGUCGCCUCUUCCACACCAAGAAGACCAUGCCGGAGGAGGAGCUCUCGUUUGGCGCGUUUCUGGAGGAGAGCGACGUCCGGAAGGCCUCCACCAAGGAGGAUGAGGAGAAGAAGCGUCGUGGCAUGGUUUUUGAAUAG